GGCGAGUGAAUUCAACUACUCUUACUUUACAAAUUGUCCGAGAACAGGGGUUUGUUGGAGACAUUGCCAUUCAGCUGAGCACUGCGCCUAACUUUGAACUCCCCCUCUCCAACCAAGCAACAGAGAAUGAGGAUUAUAUACUAGAAAAGAAGACAAUCAUUAUGGUAGAGAACGCAACAAUAACUUCUGUUGUAGUCACUAUUUUGCCUGACAACGUUCCAGAAUUACAGGAAGGAUUUGUAAUAAAUGUUACUGAUGUGCAACUGGUCGAUUCUCCCACUGGAGGGCAGCCAAGUGUGAAGAGGCUUGGGUUCGAAAUAGCUGAAAUAACAAUUGAAGAAAAUGAUGAUGCCAGAGGAAUAUUUAGUUUCAGUGUUACAAAGGAUGUAACUGGAGCUGUUGCUGGUUAUGAGGUACCACCACCCCAGAAUAUACUGAAACUUCCAGUUAUUCGACAGGCUGGGAGGUUUGGGUCAGCAACUCUGUAUUGGGAAGCCAUUCAUUCAACUGCUAGCUUUGAAGAUUUCACACCAUCAUUUGGAAACCUUACAUUUGCAGAUGGGCAGGCUACAGGAGAAAUAGAAAUUACGAUCAUAGAUGACAAUGAAGUUGAAUUCCUUGAGAUAUUCAAGAUUUCCCUGGUGAGGGUAACAGGUGGAGCAAGACUUGGAGAUGAGACCCUAGUAACUGUUGCUAUUCCACCAAAUGAUUCCCCUGUUGGAGUAUUUGGGUUUCAAGAAAAGAAUGUGACAGUGAAGGAACCUCAGACACUUGAUGACUCUGCUGCAGUUGUAUUGCUCACUGUAAGUCGAAGUCAAGGAGGACAAGGAGCAGUUAAGUUGUUAUGGAUUCUUGAAGAAGCAGCAAGAUAUGAUCUGACCCCUCUGAAUGGUACCCUUCACUUCAAUGAGACGGAAUCCCAGAAGUUGAUUGUUUUACAUGUGGUACAAGAUGGUUUACUGGAGGGGAAUGAAACAUUUACCAUUCAGCUAGUCUCUACUGGUGAUGCAGAGAUAUCCCCUGUAAAUGGUGUUGCAACCAUCAUUAUUGUGGGUGAUGAAGGAGCUUCUGGGGUGGUUGGGAUCGCCCAUUCAUCCAGGCAUGUUCUGAUUGGAGAACCCUCAGGAAAUUAUAACGGAACUGCUCUUAUUAGCCUGAUACGUGGCCCAGGGAUUUUUGGUGAGGUCCUAAUAUAUUGGAAUAUCACACCUCCUCAUCACACAGAAUUUACUGAGACAUCGGGGAUUUUGACAAUGCAAGAUAGGCAGUCUGGAGCAGUUGUUCUAAUACAGGCUGUAGAUGACAACCGUCCUGAGGAGAAGCGUUACUACCAGUUUCAACUAACUGGAAUCAGCGAUGGAGGACUCAUAAAUGAAUCUAGCAGAACAGCAAAUAUUACCAUGGCCGCCAGUGAUUUUCCAUAUGGAGAGUUUACAUUUUCAUGGGAGCUAUUGCAAACAACAGAAGAAGAAAAAUGGGUUAACAUCACUAUUGUGCGUUCCAGGGGAUCCUAUGGCAAAGUCCGUCUUUGCUUUCAGAUAAUAAAUGGGACUGCAGAGGAGGGAAUUGAUUUCACUCCCACAGUAAGGGAAUUGUUGUUUGAACCACAUGAAGAGAGUAAAACGAUUUUGGUUGAAAUUCAUGAUGAUGACUUUCCUGAAGGUCCUGAAGACUUUUCAAUGAUGAUUACCAAAGUGGAGCUCCAAGGAAGUGGAUUUGAUUUUACCGUAAAAGAAAACGGUCUACAGAUGGAUCAACCUCCAAUAAUAGGAAAUAUCUCCAUGGUACGAGUCACUAUAGCAAAAAGUGAUAAUGCAGAAGGCAUCAUAGAAUUUGAUCCACAGUAUAUCCUUCUACAGGUGGAAGAAGAUGCUGGAUUAAUCAUGAUUCCUGUUGUGAGAAAGCGUGGAACUUACGGCUAUGUAACAGCUGAUUUUGUUUCUCGAAGUAUUUCUGCACUUCCCAAUGGUGUUGACUAUGUCAUCCAUAAUAAUUCUGUCAUUUUUUAUCAUGGCCAGAACGAGACUUUUAUUUAUAUUUCUAUUAUAGAUGAUGAAGAAAGCGAAUUUGCAGAGCAAUUUGAAAUGCAGCUGACAGGAGCCACUGGCGGAGCAGUCCUUGGGCUCUACCUAGUGAGCCAGGUCACUAUUGCUAAGAGCGACUCCCCCCUGGGCAUCGUCCGAUUUCUCAACCAAAGCCGAGUUAUUCUUCCCAAUCCGGAUACACCCACGACAGUGUCCCUGGUGCUGGAAAGGACUGGAAGGUUGUUAGGGGAGGCACAGAUUAAUUGGGACAUCUUGGGACCCAAUUCAGAAGAGGUUUUAUCUCCCCUGAAUAGUGACAUUGGCGACCCUGUGAAUGGAUUGUUCUAUUUUGGAGAAGGAGAAGGCGGUCAGAGAGCUAUUAAUCUACAAAUCCAUCCUCAUGAAGAAGUUGAAGUUCAGGAGAUCUUCAUUAUUAGACUGAGCCUUAUGAAAGGUGAAACAGAAAUAGAUCCUAAGGCAAACAACAUUACACUAAUAGUUUAUUGGGAAAUACAUAGUGAAUCUGACAUCACAGGUGACUUUCUUAGGACAGAGGGAUCUGUUGUCAUUGCUGACGGGCAGAGUACAGCUGAGAUAAUUAUCUACCUGUUACCUGAUGAUGUUCCAGAACUGGAUGAAAACUAUGUGGUGCAGCUGAUUUCAGUAGAAGGUGGAGCCGAUUUAGACCAAGAGAAAAGAAUUUCAAAGAUCAAUGUUUUUGCAAAUGAUGACCCCCAUGGAGUGUUUGCCCUGUACUCUGAUCAGCAGUCACUAUUAGUAGAGAAAAACCUGGACCGGUGUGUUCAGAUCAAUGUAACUCGGCAUGCUGGGGCAUUUGGAGAAGUGAUCGUUCAGUACCAUAUCUUACCUCCUCAUGAAGAAGCAGUAAUUGCACCUGGGAAUGAGAUGGGGUACGUCACGGUAAAAGAUGGUGCCAGCUUUGGAGUGAAAAGAGUGCCAAUAAGCAGCCAGGCAUUUCUUCUACUUGGCUUGAAUUUUACUCUGGAACUGAUUAAUGUAAGCCUGGUUAGGGGAAGUGCCAAGGAUGUGCCUAAAAUAUUAGGAAAAGCAAAGUCAGCUGUUCUGCUUAUUCCUGAGGAAGCUGCCAAUUCACAGGUUGGCUUCGAAUCUGCGAUUUUACGACUUACAGACAUCGUAGCAGGAACAGGCAAAGCUGUCAUAACCAGAAAAGGAGUUUAUGGCUCUGUAAUAGUUAGCUGGAUUUCAGGAUACCCGCCAGUCCUAAUCACUGACUUUGCUCAGCCAGGCAAUAUUACUCCUCCGUUUGGUGCUGUUGUAUUUUCCUCUGGUGAGCAAAGUAAAGUAAUUUCAUUUCAGGCCACUCCAAGCCUAAACAAACGCGAGUCACUUGCCAUCACUUUAACAGCAGCGCACAGCAAUGUGUCUGGUGGGGCUCGCCUGAGAUCAGGAUUUACAAUAGCUGAAAUUGAGCCAAUGGGGAUCUUUCAGUUUGCUCUUAACUCAAGGUCUGUUUCAGUUGAAGAAAACGUUCAGGCAGUCACACUACAUGUCCAAAGAUUGUUUGGUUUUCAAAGUAAUCUCACUAAAUUGACAUAUCAGACCAUUCCAGGAAGUGCCAAACCACUAGAGGACUUUAUACCCAUCUACAAUGGAGAGCUUAUUUUUUUACGUUUUCAGACAAAUGCUGUGAUAGAAAUAUUAAUAAUUGAUGACACUGUGUCUGAAAUGGAGGAAUUUUUUUUUGUAAAUUUGACUGCUGUGGAAAUUUUGGAUGUUCAACCUGUGAAUGCUGCCUGGAGUCCACGUUUGAAUCCAGCUUUCAGUGUUGCAACAGUUAAUAUCCUGGCUAAUGAUAUUCGUCAUGGAAUACUAAGUUUGGGGCCAGAGUUUAUUUAUGUUGAAGAAGAUGCAAACAACAGUACCCCUAACACAGUGAUACUUCAUAUCAGAAGGACUGAGGGUUUUACUGGCGAUAUUGAAGUAACUGUUAAAACCUUUGGGGGAGUGAGUGCACAGAGUGGAGUAGAUUCCUAUCCGUUUGGAAGUGUUUACGGAAAAUCAAACUUCACAUGGGCAAUGGAAGGAGAAGAUUUUGAGGAACAGUCAGUCCCUCUGACUUUACUGGAUGGAGAAGGAGAAAGUAAGGUGUCCAUAAAAAUUUUUGAUGAUGAUGAGCCUGAAGGACAGGAAUUGUUUUAUGUUUUCCUUUCAAAUCCUGAAUGUGGAGCUCAGAUUGUGGAAGGAAAAGAUGAAUAUGGAUUCGCUUCUUUUGCAACAGUAAUUAUUGCAGGAAAUGAUUUCCAGAAUGGCGUUUUGGGAUUUGUUCCAGAAGUACAAAGUGGUCUUGUACUGGAUGAAGACUCAGAAAACAGAGAGGUGCUACUGAUUGUCGCAAGGCAACCAAACAGGGCAUUUGAAGAUGUGGAGAUCUUUUGGCGUGUGACCUUCAAUAAAACAGCUGUUGUCCUUCUGGAGGAUGGCAUGAACUUGGAGAAUGAACUUGUAUCUGUGCUGGGAGCCACUACCUGCCUGGCAGGUCAAACAAUGUGCAACAUCUCCAUUGAAAUAAAACCUGAUAAUGUACCUGAAUUUGAAACGUAUUUUUUUGUUGAGCUGUAUGCCGUAAGCACAGGAGCUGCAUUGAACAGCAGUGCCAGAUUUGCUUUUAUAACAGUCCUUGAAAGUGAUGCUCCUCGUGGUUUAGUUUAUUUUGCUGUGGGAUCUCGUUUUGCUGUGGCUUAUAAGAAGACAACUUUAAUCAGUCUGCAAGUGCUUAGAGAUUCUAGUACAUCAGUAACCACAAUGGCUAGCUAUAGCAUGCAGGAGCUACACAAACCUGAACCUAUUGGUCGGACCUUCAUAUCUCCAGCUGUGGCAGGACAAGAUUUUGCCAGAUCUGAAGGUUUAUUGACUUUUGAACCUGGACAGAGAAAUACGUUUCUGGAUGUGACCCUGACUCCAAAGACAGGAUCUUUAAACCCAUUUCCUAAACGUUUCCAGGUUGUACUUUCUAAUCCCACAGGAGGUGCCAGAGUAGAUGACGUGUAUGGUAUUGCUAACGUCACCAUUGUCUCAGAGUUGGACUCCUUGCCAGUUUGGGGGCUGAUUGAUCAACUGCAUCAGCCUCUUGAUGACACCGUUUUACACAGAGUCCUCCAGAACCUGAAUGUCAAAGUGGCCACAGAAACUACAGAGGAGCAACUUACUGCUGUGAUGCAUAUAAUAGACAAGGUUACAGAUGUAGGUAAAAAACAGUUACUCACUGAUAAAAGUAGACGUCUUUUCUAUGAGAUACUCUGUGCUCUGGCUAGCCCGAAACGUGAGGACACACGAGGAUAUAGCCUGCUUGCUGAGGUGACUGAGAAGUUUGCUUUUUCCCUGUUGACUGGGAUAAUGUGUGGAUCACCGGGAGAAAGAGGUAGAAAUAUCCUUGAUAGCUGCCCAUACAUUGCAAUAAUGGCUCACAACUGGUUUCCUCAGCAAAUCAAUGGACACAGAUUUGAUGGAAAAGAUGGGGAUUCUAUUCAAGUACCUGAACAUUUACUAGAGGUCUCUGUUGUAUUAUCACCUCCUCAAGAAGAGAGCUGUGAAUCUGUGCAGUUCACAGAAUACAGCAGUCAGCAGUGGUUCCUUACUGGAGAUAAAGAACUUGCCCUGAAGAACAAGGUUUUUUCUAUGAGUUUGAAGGGUCGGAGUUCACAGCCUUUGAAAGAUAACAGUGAAGUAAUUUACCGGAUUUAUGCUACAGGAAGUCGGAUUGUUCCGCAAAAGUCUCUAUGUCUCCUCUGGAAUCAAGCCGCUGAAAGCUGGCUGUCUGAUAGCGGGUUUUGCAAAGUGGUUGAUGACACGUCAGACUAUGUGGAAUGCUCUUGUUCUCAUAUGUCCGUUUAUGCAGUUUACGCCCAAACAGAUAACUUGUCUUCAUACAAUGAGGCUUUUUUCUCUUCUGGAUUCAUCUGCAUUUCAGGGUUCACUUUGGCUAUUAUCUCCCACCUUUUCUGCACCAGGUGUGCAAUGUUUGCAGCUAAACUUCUCACGCACAUGAUGGUUGCUUGUUUGGGCACUCAG